CCCUCUCGCCUCUCCGUCUUAGGGCCGACAGAAGCAGCAGGCAGCUGCUCGGUGCAACGCAGUCUUUCGGCCGGGGGAGAAACCCAGCAGAAAUGUCUCAAAGCGGCAGUCAGGAAACCGUCGAGGCCUCGGACGGCAACAGCAGCCAGCGGACACUGCCGAGACCGCCCGUUGGCAACCGAGUGACUGUGGUGCUCGGGGCUCAGUGGGGAGACGAGGGGAAAGGGAAAGUUGUGGAUCUCCUGGCUCAAGACGCGGACAUGGUGUGCAGAUGUCAGGGCGGCAACAACGCCGGACACACGGUGGUGGUGGACUCUGUGGAGUACGACUUUCACCUCCUACCCAGCGGCAUCAUCAACCCCAAAGUCACCGCCUUCAUUGGAAAUGGUGUUGUGAUCCACCUUCCAGGCCUGUUUGAAGAGGCUGAGAAAAACAAAGGCAAGGGGAAAGGGCUGACGGACUGGGACAAAAGACUGAUCAUCUCAGACAGAGCACAUAUAGUGUUUGACUUCCACCAAGCUGUUGAUGGCGUUCAGGAACAGCAGAGGCAAGAGCAAGCAGGCAAGAACCUCGGGACGACCAAGAAGGGGAUCGGUCCGGUGUACUCGGCUAAGGCGGCACGCAGCGGUCUCAGGAUAUGUGAUUUACUGGCCGACUUCACUCAGUUCUCCGAAAGAUACAAAAUGCUGGCUCAGCAGUACAAAGCCAUGUAUCCGACACUGGAGAUUGACAUAGAAGGAGAGCUGGAUAAAUUAAAGGCCUAUGUGGAGCGACUUAAGCCCAUGGUGAGGGAUGGUGUGCACUUCAUGUACGAGGCUCUCCACGGCCCUCCCAGGAAGAUCCUGGUGGAAGGAGCCAACGCAGCACUUCUGGACAUAGACUUCGGUACCUACCCGUUUGUGACGUCGUCCAACUGCACAGUCGGCGGGGUGUGCACGGGACUCGGCAUGCCUCCCCAGAAUGUCGGUGAAGUUUACGGGGUCGUUAAAGCCUACACCACCAGAGUGGGCAUCGGUGCCUUCCCCUCAGAGCAGAGCAACGAAAUCGGAGAGCUGCUUCAGAACCGAGGGAAGGAGAUCGGCGUGACCACGGGCAGGAAACGCCGCUGCGGCUGGCUGGACCUGGUGCUCAUCAAAUAUGCACAUAUGAUAAAUGGCUUCACUGCUUUAGCGCUUACAAAACUGGACAUACUUGACGUAUUUUCAGAGAUCAAAGUGGGCUUAGCGUACAAAGUCGAUGGUGAAAUUAUACCUCAUUUUCCAGCCAAUCAGGAGGUGUUGCAGCGCGUCGAGGUCCAGUACGAGACGCUGCCCGGCUGGAAGAGCGACACCUCAGCGGCUCGAAGCUUCGAGGAGCUGCCAGAGAACGCCCAGCAGUAUGUGCGCUUCGUGGAGGAGCAUGUGGGAGUACCUGUCAAGUGGAUCGGAGUGGGAAAGUCACGGGAGUCCAUGAUCCAGCUGUUUUAGAGGAGCGAAGGCGACGUACCCUCCUUCCUUCAUCUCCCCCCCGCCCCACGUUACACACAGCCGACCUACCUGUCUCAAAGACACGACCACUUCUGUUCUUACUGUUUUAUCUCCAUCGGGCCGGGCCGGGCCGCGCCACUGACGCUGUAGAUCGGACUUUCGUCAGACUGAGCACUGCGUUUGAAAGAUUUCUCACCAUUUUAACAUUUUAAACUGAAAGCAAAACACUGUCUGUCCUUCGUUUUUGUCUCUUGUGGGGUUGUAGUCGUUUGUUUUAAAGAAACUCCGUCCGCGAGGAGAUCAGGGAUCGCUCCGACGCAGACACAAGAACUGUUCUAAUCGGUACUGGUGUUUUUAUUCUGUCUUGGUUUCUUGCUGUGAUUUAUUUUUUAGUCCCUGUGGCACUUCAGUGUCGGUCGGUUUGAACUGCAGCACUUUAGAUGCUCUGGACACUGUCAGCUUUAUAUUUUAUUCUUCUGUCAGAUUUGCACAACAUGCGGAUAAAGGGAUCUUUUAGACUAAAAAAAAAACCCCAGUCCUUUUGUGUUUUUGUUUUCUCUCAGAGGCUUGCAGUUGUACCGCCUUGUCGUUCAACCGGAAGACGUAACUCUUAAAUGUCGUGUAGUCAGCGAAGGUUUCUCCUGACUGCUGAUCAUAAGAAAAUCCAAAUGUCUGUCCAUAAUGUGGGAAUUUUCCAUGGAAAGGCUACAGGGAAUCCCGAAUAGGUAAUCUUUUCGUAAAUGAGAAUAAUUUCAGUCGGCUAGGGGUCUUUCUGCUCAUAUUCAUGUGAUUUAAAUCGUAUUGCUUUGAUUUCUUUGCACUUUCGCUGCAAUGCUCUGUUCAUGUGUGAGGAAAAGUAACUUAUAAACUGAUAAAAAUAAUAUUUCAGAUA